AUAAAUCAUGAGUGUCAUAUUAUAAUCUUAAUUAAACUGCCGAAAAUAACGUUAGUUUCAUUUGUGCGACUCCUUGACAGUUCGACGUUCAGCCAUAAAAAAUCUUGAUGCUCUGUUAACGUUUACCCCUCUCUUUCAAGCGUGGUCCUUAUCACACUUUGUAUCAAGGGCUAUGUAUCCCUACACCUUUUCCCCUUGAUCAAACUGAGCAUUGAGACGCCACUUCGCCUCACAUGAACGCUCAAAACCGAGGGGUAGGGGAAAGGGGGAGUGGUAAGACAGAAAAAUGAGACACACUCGAAGGCUUGUUGCUAUAUACUCAUUUAUUUGAUUACAUGUUGUUGUGUUAUUAUUUGUAUGGUACUACUUACAUGUACAUGUAUGUGACCAUUUAUUUCAUUUAAAGUAUUGGGGCAUGUUGUCAAAAAAGGUCAAAGUUCAAAAUCUUUCUUGUAGCCAAGAUAUCUGUAUCCAUACAAAAAUGGCUACAUAAAUAACAAUUCUUUUUUUAAAGCAGAGGCGCUUAACCUUUUUAGGCCAAGGACCCCAUUAAUGGAUAGAGGAGGAGCAGGGACCCCCAAUAUAUGUAUCAACAUAACAUUUUUGAUUUUACUGAAUAGAUUUUAACAUGAGAGUCUUCGUCUUUAUCCAGUUUUAAUUUCUAUUAUUAGCCUAUCACUGCAUUUUGUUUGAUGCCUAAUUUCAUUUGAUUAAAAAUAAUUUUGAAGUCAAACAAUAUUUGGAGGACCCCAGGACUAUCACCACUUACCCCUAAGGGGCUCCAGACCCCAUGUUUUCAAGACCCAUUAUUUAAAGCAAUCUACAGCAGAGCAACAUUUGUUACAUUUAUGUGUAUGUUUCAUCGUACAGAAUACUUGUUAAACAUCACACUAUAUACAACGUCACAUUCACAUAAUUCCCAAAUAUGUCAAACAUCAAGCAUUUGACCACCAAUACAAAGUAAACCUAUAGAUCAGUGAAAAUAAUACACAUUAAUAUUACUCAUACACCAACUCUUGCGCAUGUCAUUGCAAAAUGAUUAAUCAUGGCGAAAGAAGUUAUUCCAAAAGCUUUAUUCAUAAGCAUGACCAAAUGUGUUGCAAAAGCUUCCUCUUAUUAACGUUUAAAAAGCAACAGACGUCGACAAGCAGCAUACGAUUUAAGGAUUUUUACAGCAUUCGGACUUUACUGCAAAGAUGCGUCUGUCUUUGGGAUUUCAUCAAAUUUUGUUUCUUUUUUGUUUGGUCAUGUUGGUCUGUGCUUUUACAUCGGGAGUGACUUCUCAUGACCCACUCAAACCAAUAUGUUGUAAAGUGCUCAGGAAGAAACCUGUUCAGAGCAAUAUCACACAGUGUUACCAUGUGUUGGCAAAAGCGAAAUGCCGUGAAGCUGUAAUAUUAGCAGACAAUAGAAGGAUGUACUGCAUCGAUCCAAACGCUUCAUGGCUCAAUGAGUUUCUGGAAAAGAAAGGUAUAAAAUGCAAAAAACCAAAGGAACGUCUUUACACCCUGAUGUAAGCAUGGAUUAUGCGGUUCUUCUCUCUACACCAGUCACAACAGCACAUGACGGCGGGAAGAGGGAGAUUUAAUAUUAAAAUAUUAAGUAAAAAUAUUUUGCACAAUUUAUAUAUUACUUAUGAAUAUUUUAGGAAAUUAUUUUUGACACACGUAGGUUAUUACGUGCAUUUUGGAUUUUAAUUUCAUUACUGUCUGUGCCUACCCAUCUCCGUGGAUUCAUCCGAGCGCACUUUCUCCGCCUUGCGUUUUUUGAAGACAUGGGUACGCAGCACCAUGACCCAGAAAAGACUCACACACCUUUGGCUGAUGCAUGCCCACACAGAAAUUCUGAACUCCCUGGGCAUUCGUCCCCUAGCUCAUGAGAGACUUUGGACUUUAUUAUACAACCGGCGCAAUGCGCGACGCGAGUGUCUUUUGCUAGACUAGGCCUAAAGAGCGCAUUGAUAAUAUGCGCAUACAGUAUUAACGGGAUGACAACGCUAGUUUGCUUACAUACAUGGAUGCUUUUGGCUUUGGCUUUUUAAUAUGAAAAAUUAAAAGAUUAAAAUGUAAAAGAUUAUUAUUGAGUGUCUUGGACAUAAAUGAUGACCGAUUAUGAGACGUUAGAAGGCGUAAAGAGCUGCUUCAUCUGUAGCUAAGUAAAUAAAUGCUUUGCUU